UUGCUUAAGAUAGCACUCAGUUCUACCUCUAUAACUCCAUUUCUUUUGUUUCACUACUACUCUUCUCAUUCAUCACCAAUUUCACAAAAUGAGACUCCAUAGUAGAGUCAGUAUCAUAAAUCUCAUAUCCAUUACAGUACUCAUCGUUCUUGCUGAGUCGACUCAGCCCCCAUUCUCAUGCGGCCCAUCCAGCCCAUCAACCAACUCGUUGCCGUUCUGCAACACCGCAUUACCCAUCUCCCAACGAGCCAAAGACCUCGUCUGCCGACUCACACUAGACGAGAAAAUCUCCCAACUCGUUAACACAGCACCAGCGAUUCCGCGACUCGGUGUCCCCGCCUACGAGUGGUGGUCCGAGGCGUUGCACGGCGUAUCCGAUCACGGGUUUGGCAUCCUAUUGAAUGGCACCAUUCGCUCCGCCACCAGCUUCCCUCAAAUCAUUCUCACCGCCGCUUCCUUCGAUACCCACCUCUGGUAUCGCAUCGGUCAGGUCAUUGGGUUGGAGGCUAGGGCAGUGUACAAUGAAGGGCAAGCAAUUGGGAUGACAUUUUGGGCACCAAACAUAAAUGUAUUUAGGGACCCAAGAUGGGGGAGAGGACAAGAGACACCUGGCGAGGACCCAUUGGUCAGUGGGAAAUAUGCAGUCUCAUUUGUGAGGGGUGUCCAAGGGGACUCUUUUGAAGGCGGGCAGCUCAAAGAUGGGCACCUCCAAGCCUCUGCUUGUUGCAAGCACUUCACUGCCUACGACUUGGAUAGGUGGAAGAAAAUUGAUCGUUUCUCCUUUGAUGCUGUGGUUAGUAAACAGGACAUGGCGGACACAUAUCAACCACCAUUCCAGAAGUGCAUAAAAGAAGGACGAGCCAGUGGGAUAAUGUGUGCGUACAACCUCGUGAAUGGUGUCCCAAACUGUGCUGAUCAUAAUCUCUUGUCCAACACUGCUCGUGGUCUGUGGGGUUUCCAAGGAUACAUAACAUCCGACUGUGACGCGGUCUCGAUAAUGCGUGAUAAUCAAGGAUACGUUAAAACACCCGAAGAUGCAGUAGCUGCUGCUCUCAAAGCUGGGAUGGAUGUCAACUGUGGUUCCUACUUGAAAAACUACACCAAAUCAGCAGUUGAAAAGAAAAAACUGCCUGUAUCCGAAAUCGACAGAGCUCUUUGCAACCUCUUCUCUGUUAGGAUGAGACUGGGACUGUUCAAUGGCAACCCAAGCAACCUACCAUAUGCCGACAUCGGUCCAAAUUGCGUGUGUACCAAGGAGCAUCAGGACCUCGCCCUUGAAGCUGCGCGAAAUGGCAUUGUCCUUUUGAAGAACUCAGCCAAGCUCCUCCCGCUUCCGAAAACAAAAACCAAGUCCCUUGCUGUGAUAGGCCCCAAUGCCAAUGUCGCGCACACACUUCUCGGAAACUACGAAGGCCCUCCUUGCAAAUCCGUCACGCCAUUACAAGCACUGCAGAGCUAUGUCAAAAGUACUAGGUUUCACCAGGGUUGCAACGCGGUCAGUUGCACUUCUGCUUCAAUCAGUAAAGCAGUGGAGAUAGCAAAGGCCGCGGACUAUGUGGUGCUGAUUAUGGGACUGGAUCAAAGUGAAGAAAGGGAGGAUCACGAUCGUGAGGACUUGGUGCUCCCAGGGAAGCAGCAGAGUCUCAUCACAAGUGUUGCUAAAGCUGCAAAGAAGCCAGUUGUGCUGGUGCUGCUAUGUGGAGGUCCAGUUGACAUUUCUUUCGCCAAACAUGACCCGAAAAUUGGAAGCAUAUUGUGGGCUGGUUAUCCGGGAGAAGCAGGAGGAAUUGCACUUGCAGAAAUCAUAUUCGGUGACCAUAACCCAGGAGGAAAACUACCCAUCACUUGGUAUCCAAAAGAUUUCAUAAAAAUACCGAUGACAGACAUGAGAAUGCGGCCUCAACCAUCCUCAGGCUAUCCUGGGCGCACUUACCGCUUCUACAAAGGCACAAAAGUUUUUGAAUUCGGCUAUGGUCUAAGCUACUCACACUAUUCUUAUGAGUUCGUCUCUGUUACCCAAAACCAGCUCUACCUAAAUCAAUCAUCAAAUGCCCAGGUGAUCAAGAGCUCAGAUUCAAGCAAUUACAUGGCAGUAUCAAACUUGGGGACAAAAUUCUGUGAGAACAUGAAGUUCUCUGCUGUUGUUGGGGUCAAAAAUCACGGUGAGAUGGCUGGUAAGCACCCGGUAUUGCUUUUUGUAAGGCAUGCCAAGCUUAAAAAUGGGAGUCCGAUGAAACAGUUGGUUGGAUUCCAGACUGUGAGUUUGAAUGCAGGGGAAAGAGCAGAAAUUGAAUUCGGACUAAACCCUUGUGAGCAUCUCAGUGGAGCUAACGAAGAUGGUUUAAUGGUGAUUGAGGAGGGAUCCUGUUACCUGACCGUAGGAGAUGAAGAGUACCCCAUCAGCAUCCUAGUUUGAUAUUGAGCUUUGAAUCUGCAAAUAAAAAGCCAAUUCAUGAGUUAAAAAGUUUACAGCCCAUGUUUUAGCUUAUUUGUUGCUUCAAUAGAUAGAAUGCAAAUCACAGAUACCUAAACCGAGUGAAAAGCUCUUUCCUUCGGCAGUUUUAAAAUAUUUCGUGUCUUGAAUUUAGUUCUUAUUUCGAUUAAUAAAUGUCAGCAUCUGGGGAAAGAAACCAUGCUUCCAAUUACAACAUAA